UGUGGUCUUCAGUUGGGAGCAACGAGCCAUAAUGUAAGAGUGCACUCCGCGGGAUCCGACAACCAUGUAUACAGCGAUUAUACAAGCAACACUCGAUCAGCUGAGACGAUGGUUAUAACUAGUACCAGUUCAGUUGUUAGCUACCACAUCAUUCAUUUCCCGUCGCUGCAGCGGUGCGUUUAGUUGCCACCGGUCACGGAAAGCCGAAAGGGUCUCCGAAUUUCGAUUCCGUAUUUCUCGUUAGUUGGCAGCCGUCCGAUUGCAAGCGAUGGCAUCCGUGUUUGCCACACCGGCGUCUGGUUUGAUGCACGACAGCAGCUUUCUACAACUGAGAUGCGCUCUGAGACAGGACUGCGUUCCCAGCGAGGUGGCCUUACCCUAUAUACUGUACGACAAGCAGCCAUCUCCUACAGAGACAGCAUCCUACUUUCCUGGCUUGAGUCAGAAGGUCAUCGACGAGGACAUGAACUUGUGCACGAUGUUCAAGGAAGGUGCUGCGACAUCUUCCAGCGAUCUGCUCACAGUUCUACAAGAGUUCUACAGCAAGCAGGUGGCCACGCUGGAGAAAAACAGAUUCAUGGCUCUGGUCCGAGAUUCUCAAAUUACCGGUUCCGAAGUUGCCAUUCACAGUUAUUACAAUAGUAAGAGACAGGAGCUGAUCGACAAGAUCGUGGAGCGUCUGCGUGUGAUGAGUGACAGUACGGUGGCGCAGAGCAUCCUGCGACGCCGGCGGAACCUCUGCCCCGCAGCCACGCGGGUCAUGGAGACGUGGUUCGCCCGCAACAGGGACCAUCCUUAUCCCAGCAAGAAGGAGCGCACCCUGCUGGCAGCCGCUGCCGGCAUCACUCAAACACAGGUCAAGUCUUGGUUUGCAAACAAGAGAAAUCGAGGUCAACACAAGGGGACCAUGUCGAAGUUUCGUAAGGAUAAGCAUCAGCCAUCCGCGUCAGCGAAGUCGCCAUCUACAGGACUGACGCAGUCUCAGUGCAGUCCUGAUGGCACAUACAAACCGGAGCAGAACUUGUCAUCUACCCAGCUGGGCGAACCACGGACACUACCAUCAGUACGUCACAGCAGGCAAGGCGUCUCGGAAGUAAUGGAAGUGGUGGCGUUGCAAAACUCGAAUCCUCAGUUGGACCAUAUGGGACCAGGUGGAAAGAUGCGGCUGCAGACAAUUGGAUUGCCACAGCUUCCAAGCUCGACAUACUACAGGCCGGGUGGCAUGGCACGCCAACCACUUCCCAGCGAACUUCUACCUCUUAGCCCUCUAGUGCUAAAUGGACACUUCUUCAGGACCUAGUUAAUGACAGACUAAACAUGGAUAACAGAAUGACCAUGGUUACGUGAUAUUGCUCUGAAUGUAUAUAGGACAAGAUGUGAACCACAAAAACUAAAUAAUGUUGAUGGUUUUGUAAUGUUUAAUUCAUACAUAAUGCGUAAGUGUUUAUACGUCUAUAUUCCUAAUUACAAUUUCACCAGUGUAAAUAUGAUAACUGCAAUGAUAACCACUAAUAGCGACCAUAAACUUUAUAACUAUUUAAUCAUGUAUUGAGUUGACAAUUUUAAGAUUUGUCAUUUGUUUGUCUUCACUUUAAAUAACAAUAAAGCUUGAUUUAUUUAUAAUAUGAA